AUGGGUCGGGACACAAGAUCGCGCUCGCGAUCUAGGGGUCGUGGGACGCGAAAACGGCGGAGCCGGAGCGAGAGUAGGAGCCGCAGCAGAAGCCGGAGCGGGAGCCAUGGGCGGCGAAACCGGCGGCGCCGGGACGACGAGGGGCAGCGGCGGCGGAGGCGGCGGAGCCGGAGCCGGGAGCGCAGGUCAGAUUCCGAGGGAAAACGAUGGCAGCGACGGGGGAGGCAGAGCCGGAGCCCAGGGCCCCGUCGGCGCUCUCGGGACCCCUCCUCGCAGUCUGACUCAGGUGAUGAGCGGCAGCAGCGGGGCAGGUGGUCUCGGCACUGGCGGAAGCACUCCUGGUCCCCUGGCUCCUCAGCGUCCAGCUCUGGGUCCCCUGACCGCUCCCCGAGCCCCCGGCAGGCAGCCGCAGCCCUGAGCCACCAGCAGAGCCUGCAGGAGCGGCUGCGGCAGCGGGAGGAGCGGAAGCAGCAGAAGGAGCUGAUAAAGGCCUUCGAGACUCCCGAGGAGAAGCGGGCCCGGCGGCUGGCCAAGAAGGAGGCCAAGGAGAGGAAGAAGCGGGAGAAGAUGGGCUGGGGCGAGGAGUACAUGGGCUACACCAACACUGACAACCCCUUCGGCGACAACAACCUGCUGGGCACCUUCAUCUGGAACAAGGCCCUGGAGAAGAAGGGGAUCGGCCACCUUGAGGAGAAAGAGCUGAAGGAGCGGAACAAGCGGAUCCAGGAGGACAACCGCCUGGAGCUCCAUGGGUGCUGUGAGACGUGCGAGGAGCAGAAUACUGUCCACCUGCAGCAGGUCAAGCUGUGAGACAAGAUUCGCAUCCGGGACGGGCGGGCCAAGCCCAUUGACCUGCUCGCCAAAUACAUCAGCGCGGAGGACGAUGACCUGGCUGUGGAGAUGCAUGAGCCCUACACCUUCCUCAACGGGCUCACAGUGGCCGACAUGGAGGACCUGCUGGAGGACAUCCAGGUGUACAUGGAGCUGGAGCAAGGCAAGAACGCCGAUUUCUGGCGGGACAUGACCAUCAUCACCGAAGACGAGAUCUCCAAGCUCCGCAAACUGGAGGCGUCGGGCAAGGGGCCAGGCGAGCGGCGUGAGGGCGUGAACGCCUCGGUCAGCUCGGACGUGCAGUCCGUUUUCAAGGGGAAGACGUACAGCCAGCUGCAGGCCAUCUUCCAGGGCAUCGAAGGCAAGAUCCAUGCCGGUGGCCCCAACCUGGACUUGGGCUACUGGGAGAGCCUGCUGCAGCAGCUGCGGGCACACAUGGCAGGGGCCCGGCUCCGUGAGCGACACCAGGAUGUGCUGCGGCAGAAGCUGUACAAGCUGAAGCAGGAGCAGGGAGUGGAGAGUGAGCCCCUGUUCCCCAUCCUCAAGACGGAGCCCCCCUCCCCCGGCCGCAGCAGCUCCAGGACCAGGAAUGUGGAGGGACCACACCUGCUCCACCCUGCCGCCAUCGAGGGGGCAUUACCUGCAUGGGCUCAGGCAGGUCAGGACAGCUCCGUGACCAGCUCUGCCCUCCCACAAGCACUGGCCCCAUGACCAGGGCACCUCUUGACACCCCUCUCCCUAUUCUCCCUGGUGGGGUCCUCGCCCCACCACGAGGUGGAGUGAGCAGGGCAGCCUAGGCCUGGCUCCUGUGUGCCUCAGUUUCCCCUUCCAUGAACGUGGCCCGGCUCAGCCCACCCGCUGCCCCCUGCAGGCGACGCCAGCGAGAGCGCCGAGGACAUCUUCUUCCGGCGGGCAAAGGAGGGCAUGGGGCAGGACGAGGCCCAGUUCAGCGUGGAGAUGCCGCUGACCAGCAAGGCCUACCUGUGGGCAGACAAGUACCGGCCACGCAAGCCACGUUUCUUCAACCGCGUGCACACGGGCUUCGAGUGGAACAAGUACAACCAGACGCACUACGACUUCGACAACCCGCCCCCCAAGAUCGUGCAGGGCUACAAGUUCAACAUCUUCUACCCGGACCUGAUCGACAAGCGCGCCACGCCCGAGUACUUCCUGGAGGCCUGUGCCGACAACCGCGACUUCGCCAUCCUGCGCUUCCACGGGGGGCCGCCCUACGAGGACAUCGCCUUCAAGAUCGUCAACCGCGAGUGGGAGUACUCGCACCGCCACGGCUUCCGCUGCCAGUUCGCCAACGGCAUCUUCCAGCUCUGGUUCCACUUCAAGCGCUACCGCUACCGGCGGUGA